CCCGGCAGCCACUGCGAAACUGCUUCCGGCAGCUACAGCGCUCUGAGUGGCAGAGAAGGCGGGUGCCAGACGCCACUAGGCCUCUGGGAAACGCAGCGUGGCCUACCCUCUCCAAGCCCAUUGGUUGACGAGAACGAUGAAUGGCAGGGAGGCGUGGCCACACUGCCGCGAGGCGGGAGUAACCGGUGGAGUGAACGGGGAAAGCUGCGCGCGCAGCCAUGACCCCGUUCGGCCGCCUAUCGGAAAGAGGGGCGGAACCUCGCUAGCUUGGUGCGCGCGCAGCUUGACGGGCGUCGCUUGGUGGUCUCCUUCGCUGAUUUCUGAUUACCUGAAGGCGCUGCGGCAGCCGUUUAAACCCCAACCCUGGACCCUUCUAUGCAUCAGACGACCCCGAUCCGGGUACCUCGGACCUCGGGGCUCAGGAGGAUUGAUUCAGGCCUCGGCCGAAAUUGCUAUGGACCCUUCCGAUCGCCGGCAGGUCUUCCAGCAUCGACUUCCCGAAGAUAAGUGAGCACCAGAUGCCAGCCUUUGCAACAGUGGUCCUAAUCCUUCCUAACGCCACGGCCCUACAGUUCCUCAUGUUGUGGUGACCCCAUCCAUAAAUAUUUUUUUUUGCUACUGUUACAAAUCAUGAUGUAAAUAUCUGACAUGCAUGAUGUGUAAUACAUGGCCUUUGGGGGGUCGUGAGUCACAGGUUGAGAAUCACUGCUUUAUAGGCUCAGGCCGAAAGGGCAAAGAUGAAGUGUAGCAUCAGGGAAAGAUCUUGUCCAUUGAGACUAUAAAUCCAAUCACAUUGUAGAUCUGGGCUCAGACUACAGGCCAAAGUGGCCAGCUGCUAAGGGUUGGGUUUGGUUGGGAAGAAAGUCCCAAAUAACCGCCAUCGUGGACUCCAUCCUUCACCUUGCUUCAGCCUCCAUGAGGCUGAGAUUGCUGAUCUACUCCAGCAUUAUGUCAGCAUUUCAGGCAGAGAAAGGCCAGGGUUAAGCCCGUUCUCUCCUGGAGAGAGAGUCCUCAGACGUUGCACGUGUCUUUUCUGAUGGCAUUUCCAUUCGCCAUAAACCUGUCACAUAACCCUUGUCAUAACUUGGGCCACACCUAGUUCCAAGGAAAGCUGAGAAAUAUGUGGCAUUUGAGGGCAGGGAAAUAUUAGCAAGCAGAAAGAAGGAGUGACUAUCAAGAGGUAUCUCAUAGGCUCUGAUCUGUGGGUCCAGAUUGGUCCAACUGAUGACUUUUUUUCCUGCC